UUUGGGAAUUAUAAUUGUCCAUGUGGGACAGACACACACCCGGGGGAAGAUCUGUCUGGGACACCCAGUGCCCAACACGGAAGCCCACACCUCCUGCUUGCAAAGCUUCCUCCAACCUGCAACUAAAGAAAGGAUGUUCCAAGCAGUGGCCUCAUUUCUAUCUUGACCUAAACAGGGUUGGGAGAGCAGGCUAGGGACCUACAGGAGGGCUCAGCCUUGAGAUUGUGCAGCAGACACAACAAGGGGUGGGGACCCCAGCGGGCAGGGGUGGGGCAAAGCAGGUGAUAUCCAGACCAGAGACCAGAGCCUAGCACUCCCUGGGAUUCACUCCACACGUCUCCCCAUGGACCGCACCGUGGUGCUAAUCACCGGCUGCUCCUCAGGCAUCGGCCUGCACCUGGCCCUGCGGCUGGCGUCCGACCCAUCUCAGAGCUUCAAAGUAUAUGCCACACUACGGGACCUGAACACACAAGGCCUGCUGUGGGAGGCAGCCUGGUCUCGAAGGUGCCCUCCUGGCUCCCUGGAGACGUUGCAGCUGGACGUGAGGGACGCAGGUUCCAUAGCCGCUGCCCGGGAACGUGUGACUGAGGGCCGCGUGGAUGUGCUGGUGUGUAACGCGGGCCGGGGCCUGCUCGGGCCGAUAGAGGUGCACGGGGCGGACGCCGUGGGUUCGUUGCUGGACGUGAACGUGGCCGGGACGGUGCGGACGCUGCAGGCCUUCCUGCCAGACAUGAAGCGCCGCCGUUCCGGACGCGUGUUAGUGACCGGGAGCGUGGGAGGCUUGAUGGGGCUGCCUUUCAACGCCGUUUACUGCGCCAGCAAGUUUGCCCUCGAAGGGCUAUGCGAGAGUCUGGCUGUUCUGCUGCCGCCUUUCGGAGUCCACGUGAGCAUCAUCGAGUGCGGCCCGGUGCGCACCGCUUUCCAGGAGAAGCUGGAGGGCGGAGCGCUGGACGCGACGGACCCCGAGACCCGCGACCUCUUUAGACGCUACCAGCGCCACUGCGAGCGGAUCUACCGGGAAGCGGCCCAGGACCCGGAGGAGGUGACAGAGGUCUUCCUCACCGCGCUGCGCGCCCCGAAGCCCGCCCUGCGCUACUUCAGCACAGAGCGCUUCCUGCCCCUGGCGCGUCUACGCCUCGACGACCCCAGCGGCUGCAGCUACGUCACCGCCAUGCACCGCACAGUGUUCAACGACGAGGCCGCUGAGGGUCCAGAGGGCACCCCUGAGGAGGCUGGAGCUGAAGAGCUCGGGGGUCCCGAGCUCGGUGCUCCUCCUGCCGCCCCUCGGCCCAGAUGGAUCUGCAGUCCCUGCAGCAUUCAGGAAGGCCACAGAAAGGGCGAAGGGCCAAGGUGGCAUGAAUCUCUGAGGCAAGGGACCUACGUUCAGAGCUGUUCCUUUGCACCUCUGUGUGAGAGUGUGUAUGUGUGUGUAUGUGUGUGUGUAUAUAUGCACGCACUCACAAGAUCACCCCUAGGGGCAGGGGGACGCGAUGAUGAGAAAGACAAAGUGUAACCCCUCUCUCUUCCUUACAUUUAUUCUCUUAAUAAUAUGCAGUCUCAUGACUUCAAAUACCAUUUAUAUGUUGAUAGCCCCCACCAAAAAUUCCCACCUAUCUCCAACUCCAUGGUCUCCUACAAAUGCCAGGCUUAAAUAUCUCCAACCCCUUACUCAACAUCUCCACUUGAUGUCUAACAAAAUUAAUAUGUCCAAACCCCCUUCCUGAUUUCCAACCCUCCUGCCUGCUCCUCCCCCAGCCUUCCCCACUUCAGUAUAUGACAGCUCCAUUCUUCCAGUUGCUCAGUCCAAAACUCUUAAAAUAAUCCUUGACUCCAGUCUUUCUAUUACCCCUCAACCAAUCCAUCAGUAAAUACUGAUAGCUCUACCUUCAGUCUUCAAAGUAUAUUUGGAAAUCACUAGUCCAUGCGCUGUCAUCUCCUGGUUUAGUACAGGAGCUUCCUAAGUACUUUCCCUGAUUCUACCCUUGCCCACCAACAGUAAAAUUUACACAGUGCAGACAGAAUGAUCUUUUAAAACUGAAAGUCUGAUUAUUUCAUGUCUCUGUUCAAACCUCCUGUGGGUUCCUAUCUCGAUAAAAUACAAGGUUUUUCCCCAAGGCCUCCAACACCUUCUCUGAUUUGGCCCCUGCCUUCUUUCUGAUCUUAUCUGUAAUCACGCUCUAUCAUCUGAUUCAGUCCUGCUGGCCUGCCCCAAGGCCUUUGAAUUGGCUGUUCCCUCUAUCUGGUUCACUUUCCCUGAUCUCUUGGUUCCUUCUCUUCCUUUAGGUCUUUGCUAUUUUCCUAGAUGACCCUAUCUAAAACAACAUUCCUUCCCCUCUGCUAUAGUCCUUUUGCUUUUUAAAAUUUUUCUUCAUAGCACUUAUCACCGCUAGAUGUGUUAUAAAAUUAUUUGUUGACUUUGUUUUAGAUUUAUAGCCCUCGCCAUUCCAUCCCAAGACACAGGAGUCUAAUCUCCAAGAGGACAGGGACUUUAUUUUGUUCCCUGGUUGAUCCCUUGUGCCUAGAACCAUUCCUGAUUAUGGGAGGCACACACAUUUAUUGAAUAAAAGACUGUUGGUUUGCAAUCUGGGGAGUUCCCUCUGGUGAAAUCUGACACUGACCCCCUUAAACAAAAGUCAAGGAGAGACCAAAGAAAGAGGCAAACCACUCCAGAUUGGUAGGGGGCAGUUUUAAUAAGCAAGGGGACUUAGCCAUGAGGCUUAUCCUGGGUGGCUACAAAACAAGUACAUCUCCACACUGGCCUGCCAGAAUCUUUGUACAUAGGCCUUAACUGGUUUCAGACAUGUAUACAAUUCAAAUGGUCCCAACAAUACAUUGUUCUCUCAAGGCUGGGCCCUGCUGUGUAGUUACAGCUGACAGAACAUAUUCCAAAGAUGGGAGAGUGGGUGAGGAGCUUCUGAUUGCUCAGGUCCAUCAACCC